AGAAGACCUGCAAGAAGAAGCAUAUUAAUUAAUUUCAUACUUUUUGACGACAGUAUUAAUAGAGAAAUAGAAAAAAAUUAUACUAAAAUUAGUGGCGCACGGGUGACAUUAUUUAACUAGUUUUUUUUAUCUCUCAACAAUGGGUCAGAAGGUAUCAAGAACUGACUUUGAAUGGGUGUACACGGAGGAACCACAUGCAUCGCGACGCAAAAUUAUUUUGGAAAAAUACCCACAAAUCAAAAAACUUUUUGGAUAUGAUCCCAACUUUAAGUGGGUGGCAGGAGCGAUGGUGCUCACGCAAAUUUUGGCUUUAUUUAUUGUGAAAGAUUUUUCAUGGCCUUUGUUAAUAUUAGCAGCCUACUGUUUUGGAGGAAUCUUAAAUCAUUCCCUAAUGUUGGCUGUUCAUGAGAUAGCUCACAAUUUGGCCUUUGGACACAGUCGACCGAUGCACAACCGCAUACUAGGCUUUAUAUGUAAUUUGCCGAUUGGUUUACCUAUGUCUAUAUCGUUUCGAAAAUAUCAUUUGGAGCAUCACAGAUAUCAAGGAGAUGAAGUGAUUGAUACUGAUAUACCCACAUUACUGGAGGCAAAGUUGUUCGAUUCAACUUUUGGCAAAUUUCUUUGGGUAUGUCUGCAGCCUUUCUUCUAUAUAUUCCGUCCUCUUAUUAUAAAUCCAAAGCCACCAACACGUUUGGAAAUUGUCAACACCAUUAUUCAAUUAACAUUCAACGCUCUGGUUGUAUACAUAUUUGGUUGGAAAGCUAUGGCUUAUUUGGUGUUGGGUUCAAUAUUGGCAAUGGGACUACAUCCAGUGGCCGGACAUUUUGUAUCAGAACACUACAUGUUUGCCAAAGGAUUUGAGACCUACUCCUAUUAUGGUCCCCUCAACUGGAUUACAUUUAAUGUAGGCUACCACAAUGAACAUCAUGAUUUCCCAGCUGUACCCGGCUCCCGUUUACCGGAAGUGAAAAAGAUAGCUCCUGAGUUUUAUGACACAAUGCCACAACAUACCAGUUGGACGCGUGUGUUGUACGAUUUUAUCAUGGAUCCAGCCGUUGGUCCCUAUGCUCGCGUCAAACGUCAUCAAAAGGGUUUGAAAACAUAAGACUAUUUUGUAUCUAUUUACGUUGUAUUUCUUCAGUUAAUUGUGUGUUUUUUGUCUUAACUACAACGCUAUCAUUUUCUUUAUUGUAUUUUUGAGCUUAAACCAAAAAAUCUCAACACAAAUUUUUAAUAUUGCAUAUAGAAUAUAUUUUUUUAACUGGUGAAAAAUCAUAGGUUUACUGCGAAUGGGACAGCAGAGAAUAUUAAUUGAUUUUAUUUAUUAAGGGGUAAAAUAAACUAUGCUAUACAUGCAAAAUAGCUUUGCUAAAAUAGCAAAUGAAAUGUAUAAAACAUGAAUAUAUCAUCGUGCGUGUAAUAAAUUUCUAAUUAUUUGAUAUAUAAAUUAGUUGCUAAAAAAAUAAAAACAAAGCAACUACAUCCUAUAGAAAUAUUAACUAAUAUUUCGCUAUUUAGUAAAAAAAAUAAUAACAUUGUACCUCAAAAUAAUAUAUUUAUUUAAUAAUCUAUGUAUGAAUGUAUGUAAAGACUAGUAAUGAAUUAAAGUGUAAUUAAAUUUCAAAUUAAAUAUAAA